UUGGGUUAAUUGAAUUUUAUAUAGGAUUCUCUCUGUAAAAUUUCUGCAGCUGAAUCUGCCCCAUUUUCCUUCUUCUGCAGUGCUUCCCAAAGGUCACUAAUCUCCAAAGAAUCUAUUAUCCUUUCUUCUGCCUUUGGUUUUGCACUUUUCAGCCCCCUCCUCAUAGCCCCUUUAUCUAUAUAUUGAUUGAUUUAUAAUCCAAGAUUUUCCUAUAUUUCUCUUCUCCAUAUUCAUAAGAUACAGAAAUUAUAAAAAAGAUCAAAACUUUUCAACACCCAGUUGGAAAUUAUCCAAGAUUUUCAUAUAUUUCUCAUCUCCAUAUUCAUAAUAAAAAGUAAUUAUAAAAAAGAUCAAAACUUUUCAACACCCAUUUGGAAAUUUUAUCAUGGGAUUUGUUGGUGACACACAAAAGAUUGAUAGGGGUAAUGGUAGUGCGGAUAAAGGAGGGUGCUUUUUUGGGGGUAUGAAAAGUCUUGUAAGAAGGAAACAGGUUGAUUCAGCAAAUUCAAAGUCUGGUUCUGCUCAUCAAUUAGCUAAGGCCUUAACUGUUCCUCAUCUUAUUGCUAUAGGGGUUGGUUCAACAAUUGGUGCGGGGGUUUAUAUUUUAGUUGGUACAGUUGCAAGAGAGCACUCAGGCCCGGCCCUCACCAUUUCCUUUCUAAUAGCUGGAAUAGCAGCUGCUCUUUCUGCCUUUUGCUAUGCGGAGCUCGCAAGUCGUUGCCCAUCAGCUGGGAGUGCCUAUCAUUAUUCUUACAUUUGCGUCGGAGAGGGUGUUGCUUGGCUGAUUGGUUGGGCAGUAGUAUUGGAGUACACAAUUGGAGGUUCUGCAGUUGCUCGAGGCAUAUCUCCAAAUCUGGCCAUGCUUUUUGGAGGUCCAGACAGCCUGCCAACUUUCUUAGCUCGUCACACAAUACCAGGACUGAAUGUUACAGUGGACCCAUGUGCAGCAAUUUUAGUUUUUGUUGUCACUGGGCUUUUGUGUGUAGGGAUCAAGGAGAGUACAAUGGUACAAGGAUUUGUCACUGCAGUUAAUAUAUGUGCCAUGUUUUUUGUGAUUGUUGCUGGUGGAUAUCUGGGCUUCAAAACUGGAUGGCCAGGCUAUGAGCUUCCCGUUGGGUAUUUUCCCUUCGGAGCUGAUGGAAUGCUUGCUGGUGCUUCAACUGUUUUCUUUGCCUACAUCGGGUUUGAUUCAGUUGCUAGUACCGCUGAGGAGGUGAAGAAUCCUCAACGCGACCUGCCGAUGGGAAUUGGUUUUGCAUUAUCGAUAUGCUGCUCUCUCUACAUGUUAGUCUCUGCAGUUAUUGUUGGUUUAGUACCCUAUUAUGCUAUGGAUCCAGAUACCCCAAUCUCCUCCGCAUUUGCAAGCCAUGGAAUUAAUUGGGCUGCAUAUAUCAUAACUAUUGGAGCUUGUACUUCUCUUUGCUCAACAUUGAUGGGUUCUAUAUUGCCUCAGCCACGAAUACUUAUGGCAAUGGCUCGGGAUGGAUUGCUGCCUUCAUUUUUCUCAGACGUUCAUAAACGCACUCAGGUUCCUGUUAAAGGCACUGUAGCAACUGGUUUACUCUCUGGAACUUUAGCAUUUUUCAUGGAUGUUGAACAGUUGUCAGGAAUGGUUAGUGUUGGUACACUCCUUGCAUUUACAAUGGUGGCUAUUUCAGUACUGAUUCUCCGAUAUGUCCCACCAGAUGAGGUCCCACUUCCGUCCUCUUUUCAGGAGGCAAUCGACUCAGUAAGCCUGCGGCAUAGCGGCUGUAAUAGUGGUUCAGACAUUGAUGUCGAGACCACCAAAAUUCCAGCUGUGACCUCUGGAGAUAGCACUCCAUUGUUAGUUGAGAUUUCAGUUGGGCAUCCUCUUGUGGAAAAAGCGGCAGCAAAGCUGAACUAUCUAGUACGUCAAAGGCGGAAAGUUGCUGGCUGGACUAUUAUGUUCAUCUGUAUUGGAAUAUUCAUCCUUACAUCCGCCGCUUCAAUUGUUAGCUUGCCCAAUCCUGCUAGGUACACACUGUGUGGAAUCGGCGGAUUUCUUCUGCUAUCUGGUCUGAUAGUGCUCACUUGCAUAGACCAGGAUGAUGGGCGGCACAGCUUUGGACACACGGGAGGUUUCACUUGUCCGUUCGUUCCACUUCUGCCUAUUGCCUGCAUUCUCAUCAAUGUCUACUUAUUAAUUAAUCUCGGUGGUGCAACUUGGGCCCGUGUAUCAAUAUGGCUAUUAAUAGGGGCGUGCAUAUAUGCUUUGUAUGGUCGAACACACAGUUCACUGAAGAACGCAGUUUAUGUUCCUGCAACUCACGUGGAUGAAAUUUACCAGACGUCUGCUAACUCCCUUGCAUGUUAACCUGUAUGUCCGAGUCAAGUGAAUACCCUUGGUAUCGGUUGCACAACCCACAAGCAGCACAAAGGAUCAAGAAGAAGAAGCUGCACAUUUUGGGUUCCCAAGUAUUUCUGUUGAUAGACUGUUACUUAUAUGUUUCAGAUCUCUUUUCUUGUACUUUGUUGCCAUUGUAAUUCUUCUAGUGUAGUUCCACUGCUGAAAGAGGAAAAAGAGAAAGGAACAAGAAAAAUGAGAACUAGAAAUAUAUAUUAUUGCAAAUCACAUCAAGUGUUUGUAAUCAGCAGCUGGCAGUUGAUUCUUUGAGCUUCUUUGUUUGUACAUAUUUGUGAUAUAACUUACAGAAUUGUGAUAUCCUGAUAAUGGGGGUACUUGUGGAAAGUGUAAAUAUGUGAAAUGUAAAUCUACAACCUCUUGGAAUUUCCUUAAAUAGUACUGGUAUUUUUUA